CGCGAUUGAAUGCGAUGGGCGUGCCAUGGGCCACUCGCGGCCCCGCGUCGCCCCGACGAAUGACCCCCCGCACUCCCCUGACCGGCUGGUGCGAGCAUGUCGUCGGUCGAAUGAGUGCCAGGUUUUGCCAAAUUAGGGCUUUUAUUCUCUCGUCCUGUUCGGUUCGACGGUCAUGAAUCUGCUCUCCUCUCUCUCGCUAAAACCCUCCGCCCUGACCUAAAGGACUCGCUCUGUGCGCGAGGCGAGGAAAGCAGGUGAGGGUGAGCGGAGUGCCGAAGGGAUCGAGUCUUUCUGUUCUUGGCGAGUGGCGGGGUUCCCGAGACUCGCACAGAUGUCGGGAGCUGGUUCAGGUUGGAUCGGAAUGGGGAGAUGGUGCACUGUGCUCGCCGAAUAGUGCUCUUGUUAGGAGGUAUGGGACAUCGAAAGCGAAAGUAACGGUGCGGGCGUUGUUACUGGAUGGAUCCGUAGCAUGCAAGGGUGUGGAAUUUCGGGCUUCUGAUUUAUGCCGUGACAGCUCAGGUUUUGUAGGUGCCCACUGUUGUGGGGAUUUAAAAUUGUUCCGCUGCCACCGUACCUGCGUCAUCCAUCUCUCGUAUGGAUCAGCUUUUGGUGUCUGUGUUACGUGGGGUUGUCGCAGCUGAUGCCCCUGAACAGCACACGGAUCGGCACAUGGUAAUCCACUCAGGCGUCGGGUUUGCCUCCCGUGUACAGUGAUGGAGCCCCAAAUGCUCAAAGCCCUUUGUCUUGGACGUUACUCGUGAUUCUUGUCAGAAUUACUUCGUCUCGAUCAUGGGCUUUCAAGGCCGUCUGCUGAGGGUUAUUUCCGAAUUGGGCAGAUCGUCAUCUCAGAGGAGGACCCGAUCUUUGCCAGUUGACUCCUGGACCAGCUUUACACGGAGAAAUCCAGAGCCCAACCGCACUGUUGUCACCAUCCCCGGUUCGUGCUAUGGAUCCACUGACACCUUUGGACAAAAGGAUGUCCCGCUUGUUGAACCAGGCCGGUACUCUGAUGUUUCCUUUUCUGCACCCGUACCUUCUGCAACAGCAUCGUCGAGGUUUUCAUCUGCAGGAGCGAGUUUCCACGGGUCGCUCGCCGUGAACCAGCUGACACCUUCCCCUCAGUUUAUGGCCUGCCCGAGAGUGUGCAAGAAUUUGAGCACCGUGUGCUAUCCCAGGGUUGGCCGAUCGUUUGAAGCGCAUCACUUAUUGGAAGCCUCUCAUAAUAAACCUCGUCCUCCGCGAUUCGAUUUUGGGAUUGCCCGGGGAGAAGAGGAAGAUCGCUUUGGCUACGGUACUUUUCGGAAGUCAACGACAUGUGGCGGACGCAUUCGUUUUGCCCCUCAGCCACCGCAGGGCGUUGUCCAGCAUGUUUGUAAACUUCUGCGGGCCAUGGGUUGGGGGCCUCAAACUGCCUGUGCGCUCGAUGUGCUGGACCAUGAGCUUAAUGUUUUCUUUGUGUGUGAGGUCAUGAAACAUAACGGCGAGGUGAAUGAGUCUAUGGGGUUUUUCCGAUGGGCGCAGAAACAGACUGGUUUCAAGCACAACUCUUACACCUACACAGUCCUGUUAGGUCUGCUUGGAGAUGCAGGAAGAUUAGAUGAAAUGACAGGUUUGUUGCAGGAGAUGCGGUCCGAGGGUGUCACUGCCUCGGUCGUAACGUACAUCACGCUCAUCAAAAGCUACGGAAAGGCUUCAAUGAUAAAAGAAGCCCUGGAGGUGCUUGAUCAGAUGCAGAGGCACGGUUGCCAGCCUACUGUGCAUGUCUACAAUCGCCUCAUGGACGUGUUCGUGACUACUGGCUCUCAUGAUCUCGCUGAACAGAUGUGGAAGCAGAUGCAGCAAAGUGGGUGCCCUCCUGAUAAGCGCACGUACCAGUCUUUGAUUGAAGUUCUGGACAAGGCAGGCAACAGGACGGCUGUUUUCAAGACGUUCAGGGAAAUGCUGGGGAGGAGAAUCAACCCGACGUUACCUACUUACAAUAUCGUGAUGUCGCUGUAUGGUCAGGCUGGUGAAGUAGAUACAGUUGUGAAGCUUUUCCAUGAGAUGACAGAACGAGGUCCAAAACCCAAUCUAGCUACUUACGACAUACUAAUCAAGAGCUUUGCCAAGGUCGGGGAUGUGAACGGUGCCUGCAGUCUGUUUGACACAAUGGCAGAAGCAAAUUGUUAUCCCAUCGUCCUCACGUAUAGUAUUCUCAUCAAGGGUCUCGGAAGCAUUGGGAAAGUAGACAUGGCAGUGGACUUUUUCCGGCGGAUGAUUAAGCAAGGGCACAUUGCCGACGAUGUCGCGUAUUUAACGCUCAUCGAUAUUCUAGGUAAGGCUGGACGAAUGGAAGAUGUCUUGAAUCUGCUUCAGGAAAUGAAGACCCAAGGCGGCGUUGCUAAUGUGUUCGUCUACAACUCUGUCAUAAACAGCCUAGGGAAGGCAGGGAAAGUCGAUAUGGCUUUGAAACUGUUCGAAGAUAUGGCCCAGAGCGGUUGCGCUCCAGACGUGGUCACUUUUACUUCAGUGGUCGAUAUCUUGGGGAAGACGGGGAGAGUUGAUGAAGCUUACAAGUACUUUCAGCGAAUGAAGGCGGAAGGAUGUGAGGCAGAUGUUGUCGUUUACACGACACUCAUAGACUGCUUUGGGAAGGUAGGUGAUAUGGAUAGAGCGUUGAACCUUUUUCAGGAAAUGAAACUUCUGAAGUUUUCUCCGAGCGUGGUGACUUACAACGUCAUGCUCGACCUCCUCGCCAAAGCAGGCAACAUGGAUGAGGCGUCCAAGCUUCUGAGGGAGCUCAAAGCGACAGGACCUCGCCCCGACAUCGUCACUUACGGUGUAAUGAUGGACGGAUUUGGGAAGCUUGGAAACUUGUCUGCUGCUGACAAUCUUUUCAUCGAAUUGAAGAGCAAGGGUUUUGCACCAAGUGAAGUCAUCUACAACAUUCACAUAAAGAAUCAUGGCAAAGCUGGAAACGAUGAAAGUGUUGGCAGGCUCUUUAUGGAGAUGAAAUCUUGCGGUUUCAAACCGAAUACUCGGAUCUAUAACUCAGUGAUUGAUUGCUAUGCAAAGAAGAGAAAGAAAGAAGCUGCCAUGGACGUUUUCCAGGAGAUGACGAAGGCUGGGGUGAAGCCGAACAAGACAACCUACAAAAUUCUCUUGUCUACGAGACUUUUCACGUUGAACACAUUACCAGUAAUCAUUGACGAUGAGAUUAUGAUGAUAGCCGAUGGUUGAAAACCAGUAUGGUGUUGGACAAGAUUGCUGCGGCAGUAACUUGAUUCGCAUGUUCUGCUCCUCAAGUAUCAGAUCUGGAUGGAUGGAUACAUCAGAUUAUCACAAUACAUCAUGGAGUACCAAAUGUAUCUUCUUAUUCGGAAGAUCAGAGUAUCGUUUCUUGGACACACCAGCAAGCACGCGAGCGUCGGCACAGUCAAAGUUAUAUCGACUAUAAUGAAUCUUGGUGUUGGCAUUACGGACAUCUGAUGAGGUGCGCCACCUCAAGGAUUGGUAUGAUGACGAUUUUAUUCGCACUACGGGCUUAUUUCCGUUGGAACUUCUGAGGAGGUGAAAUAGGAUCACAGCAGAGGUAAAUAUUUACAAAUCUCAAGGGACCUGAGCGAGUGUUGCUGUUAUUCUCUCACGGCCUUUUCAGACGGGACGGUAGAGAUUUUUCUGAAGGUACUUCAGACGCCCUGAGGUCGUGUACGAAGCUAUCGUCGAUUGGAGCAUAUAAUAUUACACGUCAAGGACAGACAAUUUUGAAGUGCUCUAAGGAAGGUAUUGCAGGGCAGAGCGUAUGAUACCACACAGUAGAAGGAUAGUGCAAAUGUCAUCUCAACUUUGUUGCACGCGACGUUUGCCGGAAUCACAAAAAUUUUAAAGGAAUUAUGACAUCACCCAUAUCAGUUUACUCACCUGUUGCAAUAUAAUUAAAUUUAAAGACUUGAAGAAAUUAGCUUCUUAGAAAUUUUUAAUUACUCGCAAUUGUGUACAAACAAAUUUUGUAUUCUAGUCGUGUACAACAGCUUUUUUUCACUCCCAAACACAGUCUAAAUGUACACCUAAAUGUAAAAGGAUCCAAAAUUUGUCGGCCUUCCGUGAAAUGUAGAUAAUUAAAAGAUCCUGGACAUAAACCAUCGCCACAGAAGGAUGGUAAUUUCGCCCAACACGACGAGAAACACGACGAUUUGAAGAUGAUGAUGAACGGUCAGAAACUAUGUUAAACCAUCGCAUCUUAGGAAAGAUCUUCUCUGGCACACG